AGCCAUUUGCCACCGGCACGUGCCGCUUGAAUUUCUCAACCGCCUCUUUCAACCAUGGCGCCUUUCACCCCGCUGGAGCUCAAGGAUACCAGCAAUUGCCAUUUGGUGGAGAUGAACAGCGACUUCCACUAUGAGGGCUAUCGAUAUUAUUAUUACUAUCCGGCGUAUCUCUACGCCCGGGAGGGCUGAGACUGCUGCUCUCCCGGGCUACUCGCCAGCAUGGCGGCCAGGAAGAAAGACAUGCCAAGGCGCAAAGGCCGUAAGGUGGCGGUCAUGGCUGAGAAGGCAACCCGCAAGCUGACGAGGGCUUGCCUGCAGCUGUGCGAGGCCUUGGCGAAAGCCACGGCGGCACAGCGGCACAGGGUCAUCGCCGGCCUCAGCCAGGGCCUGAGGAAGGAGUUGAUCUCCAUCCGCGAGGCGCAGCAGAAUGUGGAAAGCGCAAGGACGCGGAGCGCCAAGAGGAGGUCGCAGUCGGGCCGGCUUCCUUUUCGGGUGCGCGGCAACGUUUGGUGCGUAAGGACUGCAGCCGGCUGCUAUCAUCGGGUGCGGCUGACUGUCAGCGGAGUGGCAGUCACGUCCGUGCGCCUCACCCGCACGCACGCGCAGCACGGGCUCGCCACGCUGCGCCUGGCGGCGGAAUCGGCGGCGCCGAAAGGUGCCGAAGCCAUCCUUCGCGCCGUGGAUGCAGCAGGUGCUUCCUUUCCCGUGUGCCAGGGCGGCCUGGGCUUGUCCUACCAGGCAGUGCUGGACGCACGGAGCGCGGUGGGCCGACGCCUGCACAGCCCCGCAGUGUCCGUGGAGGAGGCCAUCCUGCUGCAACGUCAGGUGGCCGACAAAGCGGCCAGGGGCCCGCUGGAGAUGGGCCGUGCCUGGUGCGGCUGGGCCCAGGAGCUGCGGCAUCGCAAGGGCCGCUGCUGGCGCUGGUCCCAGCAACAGGCCGAGAGCAUCUUUGCAGAGGUCAAGCAGGACUUGGAGGCCCGGGCGCUGACGGAGCGGCGUGGUAGCCGAUUGGAGACCUGCGCGCAGAGCGCAGAGGAUGCAUUGCAGCAGGUGCUCGCGGUGUCGGACGCCGUCAGCAUUGCCCAGCGCCGCUGGUUGUCGUUGAGUGAGCCAGCGGCGGAGCGUCUCUUGCAGCAGAAGGCUUUGGCCUGCCGCUAGCCUGGCUUGAGGCUUGAGGCCUCAGCUGGCCGACCCAGCGCCGGUCUGCCAGGUUUGAAGGGCGGCGCAGGGCGAAGUUUGAUUGGAG